GAGUUGGGGUUUUAUUCUUGCAAUGAUGGCCAAGUUGGAAUAAGUAUGGUAGAUUAAUAUAAAGAUUAUGAUUAUCGUAGCUUUAACUUGAACUCAAGAAAGGGAUUAUUAUUAAUUAUUUCUGUUGUCUUGGUGGGCGCUGGCUGGUCUUGCAGCUAUCACGGGCUUCAAGUCAUCCUCCGCAAGUGCUCGACUUUAUUAUUCAUCCAAUCCCCGUUAUUCCCGAUCUAUCCACCACCACCACCACCACUUUCUCCUUCACCAACUUCCCUCCUCCUCCCUCUUUCACCUCACAACAACACCCAAAAUGUUGCGCAGACUAUCAACUCGAGCUCCCCAGCGCCUCCUCUCCGCUUCCAAACCCCGAAGCGUAGCACCCCUCCUCGCCAUCCGCGCCAUAUCCACCACCUCCGUCGCAAAGAUGUCGCAGCUCAGCACGCACGCUACACAACCCGCCGAUGCAUUCCAGCUUCUGCCAGAGUCGCAAAAGGCUGGCGAGGCGGAGGAUCGGCUAUAUGAAGCUACGGUGAAGGAGAUUGAGGCGUGGUGGGCUUCGCCGAGAUAUCAGGGUAUCAAGAGGCCGUAUAGUGCAGAGGAUGUUGCGACCAAGAGGGGCACGCAGAAGGUUCAGUAUCCUAGCUCUGUUAUGGCGCAGAAGCUCUUUAAUCUGAUUAAGGAGCGCGUGGCCAAAGGAGAGCCUAUUCACACCAUGGGCGCAAUUGACCCUGUUCAAAUGACCCAACAAGCUCCUCACCAAGAAGUCCUCUACAUCUCAGGCUGGGCCUGUUCCUCCCUCUUAACCUCUACCAACGAGGUAUCUCCCGACUUCGGCGACUACCCCUACAACACCGUUCCCAACCAAGUCCAGCGUCUAGCCAAGGCGCAGAACAUGCACGAUCGCAAGCAGUGGGAUCUUCGUCGCAAAAUGACAGCUGAGGAGCGCGCAAAGACACCAUACGUUGACUACCUCCGCCCUAUCAUUGCAGAUGGUGAUACUGGCCAUGGUGGUCUCUCUGCUGUUCUUAAGCUCGCUAAGCUGUUCGCUGAGAAUGGUGCUGCGGCUGUUCACUUUGAGGAUCAGCUCCAUGGUGGAAAGAAGUGUGGUCAUCUGGCUGGAAAGGUUCUUGUCCCUAUUGGAGAGCAUAUCAACCGUCUUGUUGCUACGCGCUUUCAGUGGGAUGUCAUGGGUUGUGAGAACCUCGUCAUUGCUCGAACAGACUCUGAGUCUGGCAAGCUUCUCUCGUCUGCUAUCGACGUGCGCGACCACGAAUUCAUUCUCGGUGUUUCAGACCCCUCGAUUGAGCCUCUCGCUGAGACCAUCCAGGCUAUGGAGGCUAAGGGUGCUGUUGGCGCUGAGAUCGAUGCCUUUGAAGCUCAGUGGGUCAAGAACACCAAGCUCGUCACCUUUGACGAAGCUGCUGUCGCGCACAUGAAGAAGGAGGGUGUUUCACAAGCCAAGAUUGACGAGUAUCUCGCCGAGACUGAGAAGGACCACGACAUGGGUAUCUCCCGCCGCCGUGGCCUUGCAAACAAGUACACCAAGGAGCCUGUGUACUUCAACUGGGACGUUCCCCGUACCCGCGAAGGUUUCUACCAUUACCGCGCUGGUAUGCGGGCGGCUACCAAGCGCGCUCUUGCAUUCAGUCCCUACGCGGACCUCCUCUGGGUUGAGACAGGUGAUCCCAAUGUUGAAGUAGCCACUAAGCUUGGCCGUGCUGUUCGCGAGGUCAACCCCGGCAAGGGACUCGUGUACAACCUUUCUCCCUCAUUCAACUGGAUGGCUCACGGUUUCACUGAUGAGACCCUCAAGUCGUUCAUCUGGGACAUUGCUCGUGAAGGAUUUGUUCUUCAGCUUAUCUCUCUUGCUGGCCUGCACUCCAACGCUACAAUCACAACUGAGCUGUCGCGCGAGUUCAAGAAGGAUGGUAUGAAGGCUUAUGUUGAUAUCGUGCAACGCCGUGAGAAGGAUCUUAAGUGCGAUGUUUUGACGCAUCAGAAGUGGAGUGGCGCAAGCUACAUUGAUGGUAUUCUGGGAGCUAUUCAGAGUGGAAGCUCGAGCAGCAAGAGUAUGGGCGAGGGAAACACUGAGGGACAGUUCCAUUAGAGGGAGGCUAGGAGAAGGAAAAGCAUGCGCCGGAGUUUGGGUAUCUUUUUGUAUAUUGAUGAAUACUCUACAAAUGAUAUUGUAUAUGAUCAGCCAGGUUCAUCCUCGCAAGUGACUGUGCACACGACUACUAUAUCCUUCCCGCUUACUCUCUCCCUCUCUUCACCCCUUACAACGAGUCCUUGCUAGCAUUGUUCUGGGGAGGAGGAUGCGCAGGUCCCUCGGCAGUAACAUAGCACUUGGUCAUACCACCAUCAACCGCAAAAUCAUGCCCGUUGACAAAGCUGGACUCAUCACUAGCCAAGAACAGAACAGCCUGCGCCUGCUCAACAGCCUCACCAAACCGCCCCAUAGGGAAGUGAACCUCACGUCUGUGACGCUUCUCCUUAUCAUCACCGAGCCAAUCCUGCAGGAGUGGUGUGUUAAGCGGCGCAGGGCAGAGGUUGUUGAACCUGAAGCCCUCGCGGGCGUGAACCAUGGCGAGUUCACGAGUGAGCGCGAGGACAGCGCCCUUGCUGGCGGUGUAGGCGAGCUGGGGGGUCGCGGCGCCGACGAGGGCGACGACGGAGGCAGUGUUGAUGAUGGAGGCUUUGGUCUUCUUGUUGCGGCGGAGCGAGAGGACGGCAUGUUUGCAGCCGAACCAGACGCCCUUGACGUUGAUGUUUUGGGUCAGGUCCCAGAUGUUCUCGGGGGUGUUGACGGCGUCGUCGUCUUGGGCGUGCAUGAUGCCGGCGUUGUUGAAGAGGACGUCAAUGCCGCCCCAGGAGUCGAGGGAUUCGAUCAUGGCCUGGACCUCUGAUUCCUUUGAGACGUCGACUUUCUGUCACGAGUUAGUACUACUGUCGAAAGAAGUGAUGUGGUGUGGUAUUGGACGUACGAGAAUCUCAACGCGGGGAGCAUCGGGGACGAGCUGCUUGACCUUUGCGGCGGCCUUUUCGAGAGCAGGUUGAGAGAUGUCGGACAUGAGGAUGGAAGCGCCCUCCUUGGCGAAGAGAAUGGAGGUCUCAAGACCGAUGCCACUGCGAUCGUCAGUAUCAUGCACCACAACAAGACAAAGAAACAUACCCUCCAGCGCCGGUGAUGACGGCGUUCUUUCCAGCGAGACGACCCAUUGUGAAUAUUUAAAAGUUAGGUUUUGAAGAAAGAAGAAAGAAGAAAUCGUUGUAUGAAGAAAGAAUAAGAGUUGAAGUGGCGGGUAUCUUGUGAAAAAUAUAUAGGAUUUGAUGGAUGGUGACACAAUGAGGGGCAGAGGGGUCCUUAUUCUUUAAGCUUCCCUCUUAUCGAAAGCGUCUGGAAGCUCCGAUAAGCUGGAAUGGAAAAGGGCGGUAGAGCUAAGGUAAGGUCGUCUGAUUUUCAUGGGCCAGUCAUGGGAAAGAUCGUGGAGAUGGUAUAUUCCGAGAACGGACGAGGGCGGUUGGCGGUUGGAGUGGAUUUGGACGUUAGUGGAGGCUGUCAUCGCGGCUAUUAUUAAAGAUUACAGUUGAUGGGUACAGUAUUAGUGGCUUGGUCAACUGUAUGGGUCGUGAUGGCUGAGGUGAGGUGUGAGCUGGAGAGCUGGAGGGGAGCUUAUCAGUUGAAGGUGAUAUUGAUAGAGGUACAUGAGCUGAGGAACAUGAUAACAAAUGUGUCGAGUUCGAUGCCGUCUUUGAUGGUAAUUCUAAUUCCAUCAGACCCUGUUCAUCUGAGCCAGCCAAUUAAAUACAGCCAUAGCUUAGCUAUAAUCAAA